AUGCAGAAUCUUCAUGGCGUAACAUUGCCAAUUUGGUUCGUUGGAUCAGAACCAGGAGUGAUCAUCUCAAAAAAUGCUAACGGAGACACUGUUAUUGGUGGUUUUAUUGGACAAUUUUUCAAUUCUUUUGUUAAAAAACACAAUGCUCGAUUGAAUACUUCAAACAUUGAUACAUCAAUUUCAGUUCGUGAUUUCUAUCCACGUGUUGUGAAUGGAACAGUGGAGAUAUUGAGUGGUUUUGCUUUGCGCGUAACAAUUCCAGCAAUCUUUUACUCGUAUCCGAUUAUCCAUUAUGAUUGGUGUCUGAUGCUUCCCAUAGAACCGAAAAUACCUAUUUAUAAAGUAUUUGCCUUUAUUUUCCAUUGGGAGGCGUUCGUUCUUACAGUUUUGAUAUUCAUUUUGCUGUCUAUUUCAAUGUCAGUAGCUGUUAGGAUCAAAUCAGGACCUCAUCGAACUUUCAAUUUGUUCGAUUUCCUAUUUAACAUUGAUUGUUUUCGGGGAAUGCUUGGAGAAUCAUUAUCGGAGGAACAAAACGCUUCUUGCAGUACAAAAAUCAUCUAUUCACUGAUCUUUUUGUUAGGAAUCAUGAUAUUUACUUCAUACGAUGCAUUUCUUCAGUCCUUCAUGACAGAACCACCAACGGAAAAUAUAAUCAGAUCCUUCGAUCAAUUACAAUCAUCUGGCUUAAAGAUCUACAUUUAUGAAACAAACUUCAAUCUUUUAUUAAAUUUACGACCUGAUUUGAAGAAGUAUUCAAAUAUAUUUGAUGUUGAAAGCAAUUAUAAAACAUUUUUAAAAUAUAGAGAUGGUCUUAGCACAAAGCAUGGUCAUGCAUUAAAUCAAGUCAAAUGGGAAUUUUAUAAAAAUCAACAAAGUUUUUUUAGUCAACAACUGUUUCGUUGGUCUGAUGAAUUGUUUAUUGUUAGAAAUAUAAUGUCAUGUUUUGGUUUAAAUGAAAAUUCAAUCUAUAGAAAUAUAUUGAAUUCACAUAUUUUCCAAGUACAAUCAGCUGGAUUGAUGGAUUAUUGGAUGAAAAAAGCAUUUAAUGAAUUACUUGAUAUUGGAAGAGUUAAAAAGUUGAACUUUACUAUCAAUGAGAGUCCUCAUCCGCUAAGAGUUGAAGACUUAAAAUGGAUUUGGAUACUGAUAGGAUUUAUGUAUUUGGUCGCUACUUUAAAAUUUGUUGGAGAAAUUUUUGUCUUUAAAUUGAGAAAACGGGAACGUAUUUAG